AUGCCUGCCACGCAGGACUUCAAGACCAACUUUUGCUUCCCCGUGCGCGUGCUCGCCAACGACAAGAUCAAGCUCGUGCCCUUUGACAAGGAGCGUCACGCCCAACGCUUCCAUGCACUCGCCGGCAGCGACGCCGUCCUCUUCACGUACACGCCGUCGGGCCCCUGGCACAGCCUCGAGGAGUUCCAGACGGAGUUUGUCGAGAAGACGUCGUAUGCGAGGCCUGACUUCUUCACGUACGCCGUCAUCGACACGACGCGGCCGGCGUCGGCCGAGGACGACGAGGGCGAGCUCGCCGGCAUGAUGUCCUACUUUCAGAGCUCGACGACGACGCGCACGACGGAGAUUGGCUGGGUGUACAUCCUGCCGCCGUACCAGCGCACGCACGUCGCGACCAACGCCGCCGGGCUGCUCGUACGGUACGCCCUCGACAGGCCCGAGGACGGCGGCCUCGGGCUCGCGAGGGUGCAGUGGCGCGCGCAUGCGAGGAACGCGGGCUCCAUCAAGCUGGCGCACCGGCUGGGGUUCAACGACGAGGGCAUCACGCGGUGGCACAUGCUCUUCAAGGACGGGGUCGCGCGCGGCAAGACUGGCAACGGUCGGGGGCUGCCGCCGGGCGGCGAUCCGCAGGACUUGUGGAGGGACACGGCCACGCUGAGCAUCUGUUGGGAUGAUUGGGUCGAGGGGGGCAGGGAGCUGGUCCAGGCGGCCAUGGACAGAAAGCAGUAG